AUGAGUGACACCGUUAAAUUUGAAGAGAGUGUAUCUGAUGUCAAGACCGAAGAUGAGAAUAGUCUCCAGAACACCGCGUCGAAAUCAAUUACAGAGGCUAGUGGGAGUCAAAGCUCCACGAUCCUAGAACCUGAAAGUGGAGAGUCCAAAACACGCAAAGCUUCUGAAGAGAACACGCCGCAGCCAAAGAAAAGUAAAACUGCCAAUACUCCACCAGUUCAUGAGAUGGUCGGCGGUCUGUCCGUCAGACAAUACUUGAACAAGAACUUGACAGAGCAUCUUUUGGAAGGUCUUCGAGAAAUUAGCAGAAAUCAGCCUGAAGACCCAUUACGAGAGCUUGGGCUCCUUCUAAUUAAGAAGUCCGAUCAACUCAAGCUGGCUCAGAGUUAA